CUCUUCCCAAUUAUACACAAUCCUCCUCUUCCAAAGUUCGUCAAAGUAAACAGUCAAGGCUGCCAAAACAAUACUCCAAGAUACAUCCAGUCAACAACAAAAGCGAAACCCACCGCCCAAGAUGUCUUCUUCCAACCCUUCUUCCAACACCAACCCUUCUUCUUCUUCCAGCAACAACCCCAACGAGUCCCAGCCUAGCAUGAUCGCCGGACACGCCGAGUACAUCAAGGGCGCAGCUGAGGCCGCAAUCGGCAACAUCACCGGCUCCCACGCCUGGACCUCGUCAGGCGAGCAAGACAAGGCGCACGCCAAGGCCUCUCUACGAGCGGCGUCCGAGGGCCGCGACCCGGCCACGUCGGGGUACGGAUCGGUCGAGGAGACGGCGGGCAAGUUGACGGGCUGCGAGUGGAUGAAGAAGGAAGGGGCGGCUAGUAAGAGCCAUCAGGAGUAAAAAGGGGGCUUGAGUCUUUGGAUGCAUGAAUGUCUUUUGGCUUUGGUUCGAGGAAGUCCUGGAAGGAAAGUCAAGAAGGUUUAAUGACGAUAUGAGAUGAUUGAUGGUGCGAAUAUGGGCUGUAAUGAUAGAAGGAAGAGGGAGGGAUGGGGUGUACGAUAUGAAGAGGUUGAGUAUGAUACCUAGGUACCCUUUUGGAAAGGGGUUGAAUAAUGAUUGAAGAUGUACAAGUUACACCACAGCCCUGAG